GCGGCGGCGGCGGCGGCGGCGGCGGGAACUGUCUGGAGUCCCGGGGGCGGGUUGCGUUCUGGAUCCAUGGAGGUAGCCCAAGGGUCGAGUACAGAACUUGCUAAGGCCAUCAAACCUAUCGAUCGGAGGUCAGUCCAUCAGAUUUGUUCUGGACAGGUAGUACUGAGUCUAAGUACUGCCGUGAAGGAGUUGGUAGAAAAUAGUGUGGAUGCCGGUGCCACUAAUAUUGAUCUAAGGCUCAAAGACUAUGGGGUGGAUCUCAUUGAAGUUUCAGACAAUGGAUGCGGGGUAGAGGAAGAAAACUUUGAAGGCUUAACUCUGAAACAUCACACUUCUAAGAUUCAAGACUUUGCUGACCUAACUCAGGUUGAAACUUUUGGCUUCCGGGGUGAAGCUCUGAGCUCACUUUGUGCGCUGAGUGAUGUGACUAUUUCUACCUGCCACGCAUCCGCAAAGGUUGGGACUCGACUGGUGUUUGAUCACAAUGGGAAAAUUGUCCAGAAAACCCCCCACCCACGACCCAGAGGGACAACUGUCAGUGUGCAGCAGCUCUUUUAUACACUUCCCGUGCGCCAUAAGGAGUUUCAAAGGAAUAUUAAAAAGGAGUAUGCCAGAAUGGUCCAGGUGUUACACGCGUACUGUAUCAUUGCAGCAGGCGUCCGAGUAAGUUGCACCAAUCAGGUUGGACAAGGAAAACGCCAGCCUGUGGUUUGCACAAGCGGAAGCUCCAGUAUAAAGGAAAACAUUGGAUCUGUAUUUGGCCAGAAACAGCUGCAAAGCCUCAUUCCUUUUGUUCAGCUGCCCCCUAGUGACUCCGUGUGUGAAGAGUACGGGCUGCAGCCUGGUGAUGCUCCCCAUGCUCUGUUUCGCAUCUCUGGUUUCAUUUCCCACUGUGCUCAUGGUGUUGGAAGAAGUUCAACAGACAGACAGUUUUUCUUUAUCAAUCGGCGGCCUUGUGACCCAGCAAAGGUUUCCAGACUUGUGAACGAGGUCUAUCAUAUGUAUAAUCGACAUCAGUAUCCAUUUGUUGUUCUUAACAUUUCUGUUGAUUCAGAAUGUGUUGAUGUCAAUGUUACUCCUGAUAAAAGGCAAAUUUUACUACAAGAGGAAAAGCUUCUGUUGGCAGUUUUAAAGACAUCCUUGAUAGGAAUGUUUGAUGGCAAUGUCAACAAACUUAAUGUCAGUCAGCAGCCGUUGUUGGGUAUUGAAGGUAACUUGAUAAAAAAGCCUUCAGCAGAGGUGGACAAGCCCGUGCCAGAAGAACAGGAUGACCCUGCUUCGUUACGGACUGGAGGAGAGGCAAAGAGGGCAGUGACCAUUUCCAGACUGAGAGAGACCUUUUCUCUUCGGCACACGACACAGACCGAGUCUCCACACCCCAAGACCACCGAAGCGAGACGGAUUUCCCCGCGACAGAAGAGACACGUGCAGUGUCCUGGCACUUCAGACUCCCUGGGCUUCCAGAAGCGCGGCUCGGACACAGACUCCUGCGGCCCUGGCGUGGAGACGACGCGUUCACAUGGGGGCUCCGGGGACCACAGGGACGGAGUGGAGACAGAGCAGGACUCGGGGCACAGCCGCACUCCGGCCGGCCCAGGGGAGGGGCUCGGCCCCCCAGAAAUGGGCGGUCAGUCCUGCGGUGACCGUGCAGCCAGCCCUCCUGGAGACAGGUUUUCACUGGGAGACGCGAAGUCUUCUGAGAAGCUGCCUGAACCUGCCCGUCACCCUGUGGACCCGGAGCGAGGUUCCAGCUGCGAGGACGGUGGACGGAAACGUAGGGUCUUGCCUCCGCCCGCAGAUGCGUCCCCAGGCACAAAGCGUUUUAAGAAAGAUGGCCUUCCUCCUAAUCCUGACACCCCCCAAGGGUCGGUGACUGUGCAGAAUGCGUCAGCCUCUCAGGUCGAUGUAGCUGUUAAAAUCAAUAAGAAAAUCGUGCCUCUGGCCUUUUCCAUGCGGUCUUUAGCGGCACGAAUAAAGCAGUUAUGUCACCAAGAACGGCCGCAAGGAGGCGAACAGAAUUACCGGAAGUUCAGGGCAAAGAUUUGCCCCGGAGAAAACCAAGCUGCCGAAGAUGAGCUGAGAAAGGAGAUAAGUAAAACGAUGUUUGCAGACAUGGAGAUCAUCGGUCAGUUCAACUUGGGAUUCAUAAUCACCAAACUGGAUGCAGAUAUCUUCAUAGUGGACCAGCACGCCACAGAUGAGAAGUACAACUUCGAGAUGCUCCAGCAGCACACCGCCCUCCAGGGGCAAAGGCUUAUUGCACCCCAGACUCUCAACCUAACAGCUGUCAAUGAAGCUAUCCUAAUAGAAAAUCUGGAAAUAUUCAGAAAGAAUGGCUUUGAUUUUGUUAUCGACGAAGGGGCUCCAGUCACUGAAAAGGCUAAAUUGAUUUCCUUGCCAACCAGUAAAAACUGGACCUUUGGACCUCAGGACAUCGAUGAACUGAUCUUCAUGCUAAGUGACAGCCCUGGGGUCAUGUGCCGGCCUUCCCGUGUCAGACAGAUGUUUGCCUCCAGAGCCUGUCGAAAGUCUGUGAUGAUUGGAACGGCCCUAAACACAAGUGAGAUGAAGAAACUGAUCACCCACAUGGGUGAGAUGGACCAUCCCUGGAACUGUCCCCACGGAAGGCCGACCAUGAGACACAUUGCCAACCUGGAUGUCAUUUCGCAAAACUGACAUCUCUCGCUUUCUAGAAUUGUACAUUUUAUCACAGGUUUUGCUGUUUUCAAAAGCAGGGUUUUAGCAAGUCCGCUUGUUUCCAAAUUAACCUGUUUAAAAAAAAAAGAUCUGAUCCACUAGAAAUGAUAUUGGGAACCUUGUCAGACCACGUGGAGCCUUGCGUGCACUGUUUUCUGGCUGGCACCAGAAUGUGUGUGCGUGUGUACAGGUAAGAGCAUGUCAAACAAAAUAGGAAGAAUGCUUCGAAAGCCACCUGGGCCUCUACUGCUGCGGGCUGAGGUAUUUUAGUCUGCAACUGUCUGCAACUGUCUGCAACUGUGGUACAAUUAAAUUUGUAAUUGUUUAAUCUUAUAAAAGUGUGGUCCUUUUGGGUUCGGGGUUUUCCACCCUAAGGCACAUUAAAUUAAAAAAAAAAAUAACCCAAGGGAGAUUUCCUGCCCAGCUGGAAGAAAAUGGCCAAGUGGGGCCUGGGGGGUCACUAUUUUUAAAUGUUCUCCAGCAAACAUUGUUUGGAGGCAAGGGGAAAUAAAAGAUUGAUUUUUCUGUAA